GCGCUCCUGCGCUAAGGUCUGUCAACAAAUACCGUGGUGGAAAGUAAUGGCGAAGAUCAUGCACAGUAUUAUCCUAUGGGAAAUAUUUCUAUAGUAGCAAUACAAGGCGUCGUAAGGCUACAAAACUCCCGUACUAAAAUCGUUUUUGGUUUAAUUGAUGUUGCGUUCCUGUGCUUCUGUUCAGUUUAUAAUGCUACAGCAAAAUAAAGCUGCUUGUGUUGAUCCCUAAUAGACAAACAUACUCCAAAGCCAAAUGAAAGACCGAGUGGAAGUGCAAUCAUAGUCCUCGAAGCUCUGAGUCACGGCAAUGAUCUCUCAGAUCACUCCCACUCUGUACCUGAGUGGAGUGGAGGCCCUGAAUCAGUCGGCGCUGGACCACAGAGGCGUCACUUUGCUGGUGAACGCCUGCGCUGAAUAUCCCUGCCCUGAGUAUGAGGGGGUAAAAUGCAUUUGCGUGCCAGUGGAGGACCGUCCUCAUGCCCCUCUGGACCAGCACUUUGACAGCGUGGCUGAGCGGAUCCAGCAGAACCACACUGGAAGCUCGCUGGUGUUCUGCUCAGCCGGUAGAAGCAGGUCUCCAUCGCUUAUCAUGGCGUAUCUCAUGAGGUUUGAGGGAGUCUCACUGCUUCAGGCUCAUCAGCAGGUUCUGGCUGCACGACCCUUCAUCCGGCCAAACGCAGGGUUCUGGAGGCAACUGCUUCAGUAUGAGAGGAAACUGACCCACUGCAACAGCAUCAGGAUGGUGGCCACCUCACAGGGCGUCCUACCUGAGGCCAUCCAGCUCACACAGGACUCGUCAUCAUACUGCCUUAAUUUAUAAUUCACAAGGACGUUUUGAACUGGAUAUAUUUAUAUGGUGUGUGUUUGUGUGUGUGUGUUUUAAUACUCUUGGGCCUGGUUUCACAGACAGGGAUCAGACUAAACCAGGAUAAGGCCUUAGUUUAAUUAGGACAUUUAAGUAGCUUUUAUAAACGUACCUUUGAAAAAAACAUUGCUGGUGUGCAUCUUGUGACAAAACAAUGGCACUGACAUAUUGUGUGAUAUGUCAGUGCAAGUUGCUUUCAGUUAAAACAACUCAAACAUCUGGGACUAGGCUUAAAGCCCGGGACACACCAAGUCGACGAUCAGUCGUCGGACCGUAUUUGAGCAUUGGCUGACUGAGUUUUCCCGGUGUGAUCUGCACCGUUGGCUCUAGUCGGACACAGUCAUUCAGCAUGUAGAAUUAGUAUGAGGUCUCUGCCGAACAAAAGUGGGCGUUUCUGUAUUUGUGGGUGUUUACAAACUGGUGGGUGUUUAUAUAUCAUGCAAUGAAAAUGAUCCCCUUCACUCGACCCCACCCCUAAAUCCUACCCACAAAUCAGGUAACGCUCUCAAAAACGCCCCUCUGUUUAUGGCCUCACCCACUGAUCAUUACUGUCCUGCAGAGACCUGUACUUGUGCAGAAUCGGCGUCGGGCGAGAGAGAGAACUCUGAUUGGCUGUUAAGUUUAGUGAACGAAACAAGUCAAGGCGGUACAGACAGAAGGCUGUUUUAAUUUUACAUCAUGUACCUGAGUGUUCCUGCGUGAAGGUUUAAUAUUAACGUGAGCCAUUUGGAAUAAUGCAUUUAAUGAUGAUGACGUUUCGGGACAAGUCCCAAGCCUCACUACAUAUAUAAAUUUACAUUUGCGUUGAAAAGUCUCUACAUUGUUAAUAUAUUAAUAAGCUACAUAAAAAUAGUGAGUUCAUCAUUCAUUGUCACUGUAAAUAACAAAAUGAUUAUUGUUUAAUUAGCUCAUAAAAAUAGGUAAUGUUUUUAUGCUUAGUAAACAACUUAUUAACCUUAUGCCUAUGUGAUGUACAAUAUUUUUUAAGCCAGUAGUAAAAUAAAUGUUCAUUCGUUAUUAGGAGGAAAUAUUUCCCUUAACCGUAACUGAUGUAUUUUAACAAUG